CGGAGGCCCGGAGCGCCCAGGGGAGGCGGGGUGCAGGGCGGUGCAGCCGGCCCGGCCCGCCCCGUCGCCGGGCUGCGUCCUCCUGCCGCGGCCUUGCUCUGCCGUCCCGGCCGGCCGGAGCGAGCUCUGGGCCAUUAACAAAAUCCCUGGGACCUACUCAGAGCACGUGGCCCUCCAGGGACAUCACGUGUGAGCACUCUAUUUUGGGCAUGUUCUCAGAGUUGAAGUUCCCUGUGCCCUGGGGUCACGUGGCAGCCAAGGCCUGGGGACCUUUGGAGGGACGCCCUGUGCUGUGCUUGCAUGGCUGGCUGGACAACGCCAACACCUUUGACAAGCUCAUUCCACUGCUCCCCAGAGAUUGCUAUUAUGUGGCAAUGGAUUUUUCUGGCCACGGUUUGUCAUCCCACCGACCUGCAGGCUCCCCCUACCAUUUCCUGGAUUAUGUGAGCGAUGUGCGCCGGGUGGUAGCAGCCUUGCAGUGGAGACGGUUCACCCUGAUGGGUCACAGUAUGGGUGGGGCUGUGGCAGGAAUGUUCUGUUUCCUUUAUCCUGAGAUGGUGGACAAGCUGAUCCUGCUGGAAAGUCUUGGCUUUCUGCUAGCUCCAGAGGACACUGAUGCAUGGCUGAAAUCAAAACGGAUGGUGAUUGACAGAUUACUGAGCCUAGAGGCAAAGCAACAAACUCCCAAAGCACGGAGCCCCAAAGCAGCAUUGCAGAGGCUCUUGGAAGCAAACACACAUCUGACAGCAGAGGGUGGGGCAAUCCUACUGCAGCGAGGAGCGACUGAGACACCCACUGGGCUGGUGUAUAACAGAGACAUGAGAGUCCAUACGAAUCGAGAGUCCUUCACAGUGGAGCAGUGUGUGAAGCUCCUGCUGAAGAUUCAGGACCGUGUUCUCAUCAUUGUAGCACAAGAUGGACUCUUGGUACCGCACAAGCUAGACAGCAGAAAUCACUUUGUGAAAGCCCUACGGGAGGCGUUCGAGUCUACCCUCAAAGAGCACAUCCAGCUAGUAGAGGUGCCUGGGAGUCAUUUUGUGCACCUGAACAAGCCUGAGGUGGUGUCUGGGUUCAUCAGCGACUUCCUGACAGCACAGAAUGCCAGAGCCAGGCUCUAGGAAGAAGGAUCACUGCUGCAGCAGUCCAGGAGAACAGAACCAUUCCUACCUCACAUCCAACAUCAGUUUCACAAUAUUCUUUCCUAAGCUUAGCUCACUGCAGGGUGGAAGCAGGUCUGCUGGGGUUCCCUGAAGGAGUGCUGCACAAAGCAUCUCAGUUGUCAGAGGGAAAAGGAAUCCUUGCUCCACUUCCAGCUCUGUGAGAACAGGUAGAGGCCCAGAGAGGCCUUCUCCUUGCUUGCUCCUAACUUGCACCCUGAAAUGGAGCAGGAAUACAGGCAGAGGUACCCUCUGUGGGAGCAGCAGCACCAGAUGUAGCAUGAAGAGGUAGGUGGCUCACCUUGCUUCCUCCCUGAAGAUGGUGUCACUAGUCUCCUCCCGGGGUUAGACCUACUGAAAAAAAAUAGAAAGUGUUCUGCUUCUCUGCUUACUUCCAUGGGUACCUGAGUUCAGAGGGCCUCAGUGUCCCUGUUGUACUGAGACUUGCUGCUUGUUUAAAAAUCAGCUUAAAUAAGAGCUCACCUGGGCACAGAAAGCCAUUUCAAUGAGCUCCUAGGGAAUGAGUCACUAAUCCUUUAGCUGAGCAGCUGGGAGAACUAAUAAUAAUGGAAAAGUUGGCAGAGAUUAGUUCUGUCUUUCUAAAUAAAGAUUCAUCUCACAA